UUAUUGUUGACGGGACAGGACUUGACAGGCAAAACUGCUCGUGUUACACUUCCUUGCAUGUCGAGGCUUUCUAGGAACGUUUUAAUUUGGCCCGCACUUGCUAAUUUCCAUUCAACCAAUUUGAUAUCGGUCAAAAUGUGAAUGCUCUGUUUUAUUCGUGUGUAGGUAAAAUUGCCAGAUGCGAGAUUAUUUAUUUAACAAAAAAAAUCAGAACCGGCACAUGUGUUUUGGAAUGAUAUAACAAAAGUCGAUCAGUGUGUUUUUUCGAGUCUUUACGCAAGUUUCGGGCAUGAAAGUUUGAGUAGGGCAUUAUCCAAUCAAAUCAAGGGAAAAGUAUUUGGAAAAUAAAUAUACCGAAAUGAGCUCACCGAACGGCCAAUCAUCCAGUCCGAAAGAGGAGGAGGGCGACAACACGGCGAGCCUGAAGGUGGAAGCGACCGAAGUCAAAAUUGAGCCCGUCCCCGGCCUGGUGUCAGACCAGGAGUUCGACCUGGCUUCCUUCUCCGAGAAGAUGUGCGAAAGAGGCGUCGAGAAAUACAAAGAGGCUUUCGCACUUCUUUGGCCCGACGGACAGGGUUUCGUCCACAAGAGCAAAUUGCUUCAGUUUUUCCAGUCUGUACUCGGACCUCUGUACAGCGACGAGAUGGCGAACUGUCUCGUAGAUAUCAUGGAGCCUGACGAGAACGGAAACAUCUCACUGGAGAGCUUUGUCCAGGCGUUUUCUCUCAGUUACUGGACUCCUGAGAGCGUAGCCGCAAUGCACGAAGUGCUCGCUGCGAAUCCCGACCUGGUGAACAAGCUCGCAGAUUGGAAGAACAUCCUCGGCAGACUCGGAAUGGACAUGAACGACCAGGAAGUCGCGUCGAUUAUCGAACAGGCACAAAAGGGCGCCGCGGCCCUCCUGGACAAAGAGCUGGCCAAAUCUAAAGACCAUAUCCCCAACAGAGAAGAAGUAAACAAGAAAAGCACAGAGAUUCUCGACGCCAUUAAGCAAAAGAUCCACUUGAUGGACCUCGGCGGAGCAAACGCUUCUAAAGUCUCUUCGGCCGGGGAGGCCAACUGUAUGAAGAGCCUUCACCUCGAAGAACCAUCCGAAGAAGAGAAGCUGAAAGACGAAGGCGCACCAACUCAACCCGAAGAACACCCCGUUGAGCUCAACAAAUAGCACUUCCCAAAUUUCAAUUAUGUUUUAUUGUUUCCUGAAUAAACAAGGAUAUGCCUGUUA